AUGCAAAAACAGUACAUGGAGGAUUACAGACUGUUUAGAAACGCUGGCUUAUUCGAAGAGUACAUAGAAAUGGUGAUUCAAUUUGGAUUCAUUACCAUUUUCGUUGCCGCCUUUCCGCUGGCUCCGCUGUUUGCCCUCUUCAACAACUGGAUGGAAAUUCGGAUCGACGCACAGAAAUUGGUCUGUGCUACGCGACGCCCCUUGGCGCAGCGAGCCAGAUCCAUCGGCAUUUGGUUCUCCCUCACGGAGAUCAUCGUGGGCAUCUCAAUCACCACAAAUGUACAUCACCGUUUGUCAGCCUGUCUCUGUCUCUGGCCUAAGUUAAUAGGCAAAACCCUUCCACUGCGACCUUCAGGCCCGGUUCCGUGUAGGAAGGGAAUAAAUGGGACGCCGGAUGGAAAGAACAGUGUAUUCUGUACAGCAGUAGUAAAAAAGAGGUUGGAGACAGUUGGCAGCUUGACGAGCGUGCGCCCAAACCCGAGACCUGGGGCUUUUAGAAUUAAGAGAGCGCGGCAGUCGUCAAACUUCGUUCCUGUGAGAAUCAGCAAUGAAGGUGAUUGGUCAGACUGA